AUGCACUUCUCCAACGUUCUUGCUGCCUCUUUGGCAAUCUUUCCUGCGGUUUUUGCCCAGUCGAACGUUCCUGCAACGUCCCCUAUCUAUCUAAAUGGCUUUUACACAAUCACCUCAGUUGGUGACAACACCAUCCUCGCACUUGAGUCGGGAGAUGGAGUCUUUUCUCUCACUGAGCCUGCUACGAAGAACAGCACCUGGUACAUCAACUCUGGACCUUCCGGACACGCCUUCAUUGCCAACGCCCGCCGAGGAGGUGUUCUGACAGGUGUAAAGCCAAGGGAUGAUAGCAACCCGUUCAACUCCCAGGUCCAGGUACAGGACGUUGCCACCGAUGACCAGGGCAGGCGUAGGCAAGCUUGGGCGCUAAUCCGCUUCGACGAUGGGACAUAUGAAAUCAAGAACGAGCAGUUUGAUCAGCUUCUCGACAUCCGUGGUGGUGUCGGUCAAGGACCAGAGGUCAUCCUCUGGACAAGGAACCAGCCACCUAGUGGUAACCAGAGGUGGAACAUCAACCUUUUCAGCCUCACAACGUAA